AUGGCGGAUUCCCUUAAUACUCUAGGUGGUUCAUUACCAGCUGGGGGUUCGCAGCCAGAUCUCACAAAGUUAAGCACCAGCGAGGACGAUGCCACAAACAUAACCACAAGAAAGAGAAAACAGCCAGAACUCGGCACUGAUACGAGUAUUAUGCAUUACUUAGCGGACUUUCGGAAGGACAUUAUGGCUUAUCUCGCCUCCUCUAGCGCAGCCCAGGACGUGAAAUUACAAAACAUGCAUCACGCCUUAACAUCGGAUAUUAAAAGUCAAAUAUCUAGUGUUAUGUCUAAAGCCGACCAAAUAAUUAUUGAACAAACAGCCAUUAAAACGGAACUAUCGGAUCUUAACGACAGGGUCACUUUUAUUGAAAAGAAAAAUGACGCUUUGUCGGGCCUCCCAAAAAGCCUCAGCGAGGCUAAUAACGUUAUUAAAAACCUGGUUGCUGAAAAUGACAGGAUGAAACAAUAUUCGCUACUCAACAACAUUGAGAUUUCCGGGGUUCCGUUCCACAAAGGAGAAAACCUAUUUACUAUCUUAAGCAACAUAUCUUCACGCGUUGGCUACACACUUUCUGAUGCUGACGUUGACUCAGUGCAUAGGGUGCGGCGCUUUCAAACCGACAAGGGUCAGGAAAACACUCGGCCAGCUGCUAUUAUAGUCCGGUUCACCCAGCGUAGGCGCAAGGACGCUCUGCUGGCGGCCGUCCGAGCCCGCCGCGGGCUGACAACCGCCGACAUCGAUUUGCCGGGACCUGCGACCCCCCUGUUCCUGGGCGACCAUCUUACACCGGCUAAUAAACUGCUGCUCAAGCGUGCGAGGCAGAUCAAAAUUGAACUUAAUUAUUCUUUUUUGUGGACGAGAGACUGCAAGAUUUUUAUGCGCAAAAACGAAACUAGUAAAAUAAUUCAUAUUCACGAUGAUGCUGUCCUUACAAAACUCAAGUGA